AUGAAAUGGUCAUUGAUACUCCCCCUCCUCUUCACAAUCACUUUUCUCAUAGCACCGAUCGAAACACAAAGUAUUGCCAAUAGCUUCUUCGCCGAAACCGGAACAAAUGCCGGCUUUUACUCAAGAGUCAAUCAAAAGGGCCUCGACUUGUUAUCCGAUUAUCUGAAAGAUCGAGUGAAUCGUUUCAUGGCUGCCGGGGAUCUCAAUUUCAACAUUUCUUCAUCAAUUAGUCCUGAAAUCAAAGUGGCUCUAUUAUCACAACGAGUGCUUUCAUUUGAUGAGACACAAUUUCGGUCAAAGUUGGAAUCACAACCGGGCAAAGGAUUGCAAUGGACGGGUAAAAGUCUUAACAUCUCUGUGUCAACAAUGUUCACCAUUGAGACGAACGCCGGGGAGUUAAUUGGAACAGCGCCGUUGUUGAUUGAAAAUGCAAACAUUGAUUUUCUCUUGUGGACGGGCGUCAACGCUGAUGGGCAUUUGAAAACGGAUCUCGUCACUUGUAAAGUAAGCGGCGGUUCCGGGACACUCCAGCUGGCAGCUAGCGAUAUUGGGCAACUCGGCGAGGAAUGGCCUCAAGUUCAAGAGUAUCUCAAUGCUAAUUUGGAUCAGAUCAUUUGCCCAUCUUUCCAUUCGGAAUUGGUACCGGUGGUCUCGAAUCGUUUAAUGAACACCCCGCUUUCUGCAUCACUUUUUGAUCAAUUUUUCAUCAACUAUGGGCUUUUAGGACCUGUUCAAUUCGACAGCGAUAAGAUUUUGUUGAAACAUCGUGGAAACACUUUCGGCAUUUUGAGACAAGGAAGAACAAGACUAAACGAUUUCCGAUUGCCAUUCCGAGCUGGGAACCUAGAGGUCGAGGCGGAAAGCGGUCGCAUGGUCGACUUUUUAAUUAGCAACUACACACUAGGAAGUCUACUAUUUUGGAUGGAUCAAUAUAGAAAAUUCGACUAUGAGAUCUCAAAAACAGCUCAAAAUAACUCGGCUCUGGCUGGGUAUUUGAGGACGGAUUGUGGAAAGGAUGAUAUUUGUGCGGGCACGAUUUUCCCAGCACUGAAAGAGAAAUUCGCUGCCGGUUCGGUGCGAUCAUUUAUGUGGACAACAAGAUCGACGCAUAUGUACAGCAACCCGAUCGAACCCGUCGCUUUCCUGACAGCGAACAUGGCUGUUGAGGUGAAAUACGAUGAGCCGAAGUUUCUGGAUUAUGUUUUCAAGGCGAAAUUGCGCAUUGACAAGUUCAAAUUGACAGAUGUCUCGUCAACGGUUGAGGGAAUCGAUGCGAAUUCGUUGGAGUUCUUGGUGAACGCGCUCAUCGAAUUGGUGCUAAAUGAUGAAAUGGGAGAAAAGAUGAAG